UUGGAGCUCAGUUGUGGCCGUAAGCUGAGGACUGUCUGUAAUCUCUUCUUAAAGUCCCACUUAGCACUUCACUCCUUGUGGCAAUGCCAUGUUCUUCCCAAGGCCAGUUCUCCAUUAUUUUCCCCUAAAAAGGUUGGAACUCUGAUCUGGUGGGGAUGGGGGACUCCCCUUCCUGGUCUCCCCAAGGUAGCAACCUCCUGUGGUCCUUGACCCGCUUGGCGCAGACAUGAUCAGCCGGGCGCUGGGCCCCGAAUUCGGCGGAAGCAUUGGCCUCAUGUUCUUCUUUGCCAAUGUCUGUGGCAGUGCCCUCUACAUCUUGGGACUGGUGGAGGCUGUGGUGGAUGACUUUGGCAGUCCGGCAGAGGGAACCAUUGGGACAGCCACACAGGUCCUGCCCCGCGGUUACUGGUUUGACCUCUUGUACGCCACGGUCCUUCUCUUCCUGUGCCUCCUGGUCUGCCUUGUGGGUGCUGGCAUCUACGCUAAGGCCACCUUCCUCAUCUUCCUCAUCGUCAUGGUGGUGCUGGGCACCGUCUGCAUCAGCUUCUUCAUCGUGGGCGUCCGGGUUGUGGGGCUUCCCGCCAUCAGGGACGGCAACCGCACCGAACUCUCCAAUGCGUCCUUCACUGGAUUCAAACUCAGCACCCUCCUAGAUAAUCUGCACG